AUGUUUCGUUGGAAACAUGUUAUUCCCUUAGCGGAACGAAAAGGCUUAAAGACAUUUCUGACGAGAGAUUCAAAUGUUUUACCAUUAUCAUUUAUUCCGUUUUCAUGGUUUUCUCCUUCAACCCAUACAAAGAUCACUUUUGACAAUCUUACGCGUCAAUUAACGUUUUUCGUUCAACCACAUACCAAUAAGUUCAUUACAAACUCCACAACAAUAACACGACACCACUACUCUAAAUUCCAUUCGAUAUUUGUUUCGAAACCAAAAACUGAAACUACUAUACGCUGGCCUCUCACACUUUCACGACGUCAAAACCUUUUCGCCAGUUUUCGCGAUUACCUUUUUCUCGAACGCCGAUAUCCUCACUCAAAAGCUAGCAGCACAAGCACCAGAAUUGAGAAUGCAGGUGAAAAGCUUUCAAUGUUUUCCCGUCUUAAAUUGUUGACUCGACAGUAUGGUGCCUCAGCGGUUGUAGUCUAUUUUGCAAUUUCUGCGAUAGAUUUGGCCGCCACACUUAUACUGAUACAAAGCGGGGGCGGUGAACGAGUCAAGAAAGUUGAGGAUUGGAUUACGGAGACUUUCGGCAUCAAUACGAGACAUCUUCAUGUUGAGAAGGAUCAUAAUCCUACUACACCUACUGCAAGAACGAUUCCUGGUCAAGAGGAUACCACUGUGAUGGUGACAAAAAAUGAUGCUACUACAACGAAUAUGCAUAGUAAUGAUAAUUCUAAACAUAAAGCUCAACAGACACCAUCUUGGAUGAGUACACUAGCUAUUGCGUAUUUAAUUCAUAAACUCUUAUUACCGUUGCGAUUGGGUGUUACCGCUGCGGUGACACCUCCAUUAGUGAGAAAGUUACAGAGUAUGGGCUGGAAUAUAGGGAAAAAGACUUAA